GUCUCGUUCGUUCCAACACCAGCAAUGAAGUUUGCCGGUAGACUGAAGAAAAUGCGCCAAAAAGUACUGCCGCAUGUGAGGACAGAGCAUGACGUAAUCAGGCCACGUUUUGUAAGGAGUGCAACGUCUGCGCAGCCAACAUUAUCAACUGCAUUGGCUAAAAAUCUCAGCGAUCUUACCGAAGUUCAUUUACUGCCACUGGAGGUGCAAAUUGAAAAAACUCCAAAGUUCACACUUGAUCCCCACGCGAUUAGAAGUAUUGAAGAAGAUGAUGAAGGCACCGAGCUGAUUGUUGGUGAUGGUAAUGAAAACAAUGACAACGACAAUAAAAGAGAUUUUCAGAUCAGCCAAGCAGACGACGAACUGAAGAGGAAACGAAGUCGCUUGUCGAAGCAGCCACGUCGUUAUCAAAGUGAGGAUAUUUGUUUGGAUGUAGAUAGCCAACAGGAUCCAGGAAGCAGCAAGUGA